CGGUGCGCUGUGUUGGCUCAGUCAUGUGAUCAGCUGUGUCCAAUAACAGCUGAUCACAUCAGUGCCACCUGUCAGUGUCCAUCAGUGCCAGCUGUCAGUGCCGAUCAGUGCCACAUGCGAGUGCUUAUCAGUGCCCCAUCAAUGCCACAUAUCAGUGCAUACCAGUGCACAUCAAUGCCACAUAUCAGUGCCCAUCUGAGCUGCCUUUCAGUAUCAUCCAUCAGUGCCACCUAUCAAUGCCAAUCAGUGCCACCUAUCAGUGCUGCCAAUCAGUGCCACCUAUCAGUGCCAGUCAGUGCCGCUUAUCAGUGUGCAUCAGUGCCACCUAUCAGUGCCAGUCAGUGCUGCCUAACAGUGCCAGUCAGUGCCGCCGCCUAACAGUGCCGCAUAUCAGUGCCAAUCAGUG